AUGUCGCUAGAGGAUUUGUCCACCGUUUCAAAUAUCGAAAUGAUCCACGAUGACGAUAUGGAAAAGCAACCAGGUCGAGCAUCAUUACUAAGAUCGCCAUCCCGUUCUCUGUUCAUAGCGCCAACACCGAAACAAUCUUCAGACGAAAACAUUCGCCAAGCUCGAUUCAUCAAUUUCACCCAAAUUAUCAUCAAUCGCCACAGACGGCUCAAUCUGACUACCACUACUGUCGCUCCACCACACCAUGUCGCACCAUCCCCAUCGGUCACCAGCAUCCGAAACAUCAGAAAAAAGUACAUUCGUCUCGGUGGAAAUGGCCACCACACAACCGCUGUGCCUCGAUUGACCACCUUGGUGAAAACUUUUCCGUCGGCCACAUCAACCACUACAGCCACUCCCAUCAACAAAGAUGUCCGCGAGGGUAGAGCCAAUCAGUUUGGCAAGAAGAAAAAGAAAACGCUAGUCAAGGUUAAGGUGAAAAGUGGCGAUCAACAACUUUUGCUCUAUGACCAACCAACGAAACGAUCUUCAACCACCACCACAACAUCGACGACGACAACAACACAAUCACCCACCACCAUCACUGCUAUUAUAACGACGGCCCAAGAAUUAAACAGAAGGAAAAAACAAGACGUCAGAAAUGCGGAUUUAAUCACAACCACAACGACAACGCCCAUAACAGAAGAAGAAGAAGAAGUUGAAGAAGAAGUUACAGAUUCGGCGGUGGAGGGCGACGGGAAUGUAGAGAUCGAUGAAGAUGUGACCACCACCAAAACCACUGAAACGCCGACAACAGCCAAGCGUGAAGACGUCUAUGAAACAGUGACCAUUACGCUUCCACCACAGUAUGAUGAUUCUCGGGACGAUGGUUAUUUCAAACGUCGACCGACUACAACCACCACCAGCACCAGCACCAGCACUGAAAUUCCAUCAUCAUCGAUGCCAAUUCAUCCGAUGAUGGAGACAUUUCGGCCACAUCAUCAUCAUGACCAAGACUUGAUGGAUGGUCCUCCGAUUCCAAUGUUCCAUCCUAUGAUGGCGCCUAUUAAUCAACCACCGGCGCCAUACAAUCAGCCAAUCAUACCGUUCAUGCCACCACCGCCACCCGGACUAUCGGCUGGAUUUCCGCACGGUCAGCCAACAAUGAUGGCCGCUCCUCUUCCCCGUCAAUGCCAUUUCCGUAUCGACGCUAUAUGUCCAACUAUGGCCAUGGUUCGACGUUCGCAGUUUCAGUGUUUCGGUGAUGGUAUCAUUCACUGUGAUGGCCGAAUGAGUCGCAUGUGUCGUCUUUUCGAGCGGCAAUCCUAUUUGCAAGAUCAAAUGCAAGAUGGCGUUUUCCAAUUGGAAACCAGUUCCUCUUCAACCACAACCGACAUGCCGCCGCCUAUGAUCCGGUACUACCGGCCCAAUCCCAAUAACUAUUUCUACUGCAAUCAACCACUGAUGACUGACGAAUGUGUCGGUGUGACUGAAUGCCUUUCCGAUGCCUCAUUCAUCACUGAAGAAGAAGGUCCAGAUAUCGAAUACAAAAAGGCUUCCUCAUCAUCACCACACAUGAAUCAAAGGUUAAGGCCACAUUUUAAUUCAAAUUCACCACCAAAACAAAGUGAGUACGAAGUGGAUGAGGACAUCGAAUCGGUGGAAUCGGUGACAGCCAACCCACCACCUAGAUACCAUUCACCAUCCGAAGAUUUAAGAUCCAAAUUCGAUGACACAACCACCACCACCACCGCCACAACCUCAACAACAGCCGAUGCAUCGAAAUUAGACGAAGAAUCCACAACAAAUAGCCAGUUGGGGGGUCAUCAAUCAUAUUCACUCAAAUCGAAUCAGCAUGAUCCGCCGACAGCUCAUCGUCCACAUCAACAACUUUCCCGUGUUCAGGUUGGUCUGAUCGGAGCACUCAUUGCUCUCGGUUCAUUGAUGUUUGUCAUGGUGGCCGCAAUUGCAUUUUACUCGUAA